AUUCUUGUUGGAAACGAGAUUGGCUAAAGUUUCUGACCAAAACAAAUCGCACGCGAAACACGAGGUCCAGGUUUAUAGUGUUAAUUCAAAGUUUUUAUCACAAAAAAGUUGGUUUCAUUAAGUUCGUUAAGAUGGGCAAACUCAACGUAACUGUUCUACGCUAUUUGAGCAAGGAAGACUUUCGAAUACUCACCGCGAUUGAGAUGGGCAUGAAAAAUCACGAACUUGUUCCAGGAGCGCUGGUAGCGGCCAUUGCCAGUCUCAAAGCUGGUGGUGUUCACAAAUUGCUGCGGGAACUGUGCAAGCAUAAACUUCUCAGUUAUGAGCGGGGAAAGAGAUUUGAUGGUUAUCGUUUGACCAACACGGGCUAUGACUAUCUUGCUCUGAAGUCUCUUACGCUUCGUGGUUCGAUUUCCGGUUUUGGUAAUCAGAUUGGUGUUGGUAAAGAAUCCAACAUCUACACCGUUGUAGAUGAGCAGGGAGUUCCGCUUUGUCUAAAGCUUCACCGGCUGGGACGUGUUUGCUUCCGUAAUGUGAAGGAAAAACGGGACUACCACGGAAACAGGCACAAGAUGAGUUGGCUUUAUUUGUCGCGUAUUUCGGCUACUCGCGAAUUUGCGUAUAUGAAGGCUUUGUAUGAUCGUGGUUUUCCGGUCCCGAAGCCGAUUGAUUUUAACCGGCACUGCGUCAUAAUGGAGCUGGUGGAUGGCUACCCGCUGACGAACGUAUGCGAGGUGGGAAACGUCGAAGCGUUGUACGACGAUCUGAUGAAUCUCAUCGUACGACUGGGCAACUGUGGUGUGAUCCAUGGAGACUUCAACGAGUUCAAUGUAAUGAUAACGGAGCUGGAUCAGAAGCCGAUUUUGAUUGAUUUUCCUCAGAUGGUGUCCACGUCACAUCCGAACGCGGAAAUGUACUUCGACCGGGACGUUCAGGGUGUACGUGAGCUGUUUCGGAAAAAGUUUGGCUACGAGAGCGAGGAGUAUCCGAAGUUCAGCGAUUUGGAACGCGAGGAUGAGUUGGACCGGGAAGUGCUGUGUUCGGGAUAUGGGUUCACCAAGGAAAUGGAGGAGGAUAUUCUCAAAGAGUAUCAUCAGACAGAACAGACUAAAGAUAAUGAAGAGCAGGAGUACGGUAGCGAUGACGAUUAUCAGGACAGUGUUACUGGCGAGAUAGACCCGGAUGAGAUUGAAGAAUGCCGAAAGAAAUUAGAGGACGAGAUAAAGUUUUCGGAGGAAAAAGCUGCUCCUAUUCAAACCAGGUCGGACGACAAAAACACGAGCAUCCUCAAGUACAUAGCUUCGAUGCCGGCCGGAGAAAUGGAAAACCCUUUCGGGGAAGAUGAGGCAGAAAUCUUCAAAGACGCACUGGAAACCGUAGUUGAACCACCAUUCUCUGAACUAUCUCAGCCAAGUCCAGUGACCCCAAUUCGAGAUGAAUCAAACGACACCGAUGACGCACACUCAAUCAGCUCGAACGAGUUGAUCACCAACGAGCAGGACGACAGACUGGCCGAGUUGGAUCCCAAUUCGCGCGAAUAUCGUAUGCUCAUGGUGCGCAAAUUGUUGGAUGCUGCCCGCAGUGCUCGAUCUUACUCAACGACAGCCAGUACGAUUGCACCGUCGGUCGUGUCGGAUCGAAUCAAAAGUGGUCUGCGACUACAAGAGAAAAAGGACCAGAAAAAGCGAGCCGUUCCGAAAGGAGAGGCUAGUGCGGUACGGCGGAUGCGGAAAGAUAACAACAGCAUCGUUAAAGAGUAUCGGGGGUGGGAUUUCUAGGAUUAGGAUUCACUUGCUGGUGGAAAAUUUAUAUUAUUUGCUGUUGUAAUAUAUUUUAACAAUUCAA